AUGAGGUACGGAGUGGUGAUUCUUGUUGCUGGAUUUACUGGUUUACUCAGUUUUGCCUUACUUGCCGUGGCAAUUGGGAGCGAAUAUUGGUACAUUAUCGAUGUUAAACCGAACCAUCCAGACUUUGAGGAUCUGAGUUCUCAUUCGGGGCUUUGGAGAAUAUAUGAAGGAAAAAAUGCCAGUUCCCACCUCAUUCACUCCUUCACAAUGGACACAUCUACCUUGUCUGAGGUAGAGAGACAUCUUAUCAAGCUUCACAAGGCGAUCGUCAUCCUGCUGCCUAUCAGCCUGGUGCUGCUGGUGUUCGGCUGGAUCUCUGGUCUAGUCAGCUCUCUGGCCCAUAGUCCUUGCCUGAUCUCUGGCUCCGCUUCCUACUUCCUUCUCUGCAGUCUGUUCACCCUGUCUGGGGUGAGUGUGUAUAUCAGCUACUGCCAGCAGGCUCUGGCAGAACUCCAGCAGGUGUUGGGUCCUGAAGAGCUGUCUUUAGUGGAUGUGUCCUUUGGCUGGUCUCUUGCCAUGGCUUGGCUCUCCUACAGCCUGGAGGUGACCACUGGCCUGCUGCUCAUACUAGCUGCCAGGAUAGCCCAGCUGCAGGGACAUCGUGAUUCUGGCAUUGCCAUCGCCAUGGUAUAG